CUAGGCUAUUUACGCUCGUGGCUUGUAGGUGUAGGUGUAUGUUCGGCUAGCAUCGGCUGUCCAGGUGAUUGUGACACAUGACAGCGCAAUUUUUGUAGACGUGAACCAGUUCAAAAGGACCUGGCAUUAAGUUCGGCAAAGACAUGUCGUCCGACAUACCACUGGUAGCGUAUUGUUAGUUUUCGAAGCUGGCAAAUGAGCUAGCUAGCCAGUUCAGAAUACUGUUAGCUGACUAACAUUAGCUUUAUGUUUAGACAGUCGACAGCAUCACCUCGCCCGUACCCUCGGAAUUUUCUGUUUGUAUGUCGUCAGUUUUAGGUUAGACAGACCAAAAUAACUAGUAGGUGAAAUUACUUAGAACGCACAAGUUGUCUUGCCGAGCCUGAAGAGGAUGAACUGGAUUUUCCCUUUGUCAAAGGGCUCUGGACCAAUCCCACCUCUCAACAGUUUGCAACAACAAAGACAGAGACAAAUCGAGUCGCUCAAAACUGCACAUGCAAAUAUCGCAGAGAUUCAAAAAGAUGUCGAAUACAGACUUCCUUUCACAAUCAACAACUCAACCAUCAGCGUCAACAUAUUGCUUCCACCUCAGUUCCCUCAGGAGAAGCCAGUGGUCAGUGUUUACCCACCUGUGGGCCAUCACUUAGUAGACAGCAACAAUGGCACAGUCAUCACGAGUCCACUUCUUACCAACUUUGGAAUGCACUCGGACCUUGGGAAGGUUAUCCAGAGCAUCCUAGAUGAGUUCUGGAAGAGCCCUCCAGCCCUCAUGUCUGGCACCUCCGGAUUUCCUUUCAUGUACAAACCAUCUGGGAUGCCUCCGUACCCAGCCCAGAGCUUCCACUUCGUCCCCGCCUUCCCUCCCCAAGACGGCCAGCGCCCCGGGGGCCCGGCGUCCCACCCUCACGCUGCUCUGGAGACACACAUGGCUCCCCGUCCCGCCGCACCCGCCUGCGGCUUCAUCACAGACCUGCCACUGCCAGUGCCCACCACAGACUCACAGGUUGGGGUGAAUGGUCACAUGUAUAAGAUGCCCGAGAUUCCAGAGUCAUUCACAGAGCUGUCGGACAUGAGUUUGUCACAGCUGAAGGACAUGAGCGACAAGGAGGACCUGUUGUUGGACUUCUUUGUGUCUCUGCCCCAGCUCAAGCAGGUCACCAGCGAUAAAGAGGAGCUGGUCAACAACAUCGUGGCCAUGGCCAAGAAAAACCUUCAUCUAGAGCCGCAGUUGGAGGGCAAAAGGCAAGAGAUGCUUUAUAAGUAUGAACAGCUUACCCAGAUGAAGUCCAGUUUUGAAACGAAGAUGCAAAGACAACACGAACUGAGUGAGGGCUGCAGCCUGAGUGCCCUGCAGGCGCGGCUGAAGGUGGCGGCCCACCAGGCGGAGGAGGAGUCGGAGGAGACGGCCGAGAGCUUCCUGGAGGGCAAGACGGAGAUCGACGACUUUCUUACCAACUUCAUGGAGAAAAGAACGCUGUGCCACUGCAGACGAGCCAAAGAGGAGAAGCUGCAGCAGAACAUCAGCACCCACGGACAGUACUCCACCACACACUAGUUCCAAGCAGAUACAGAGGUUUUUUAUUGCAAUUAUAGCUUUGGAUAUGAUCCACCAGCAGAAAUGUGCAUCAGAUCAAGAGAAGAAGCACAUCUUGUGUUACUAGGCAGAGGGUAACGACUUUUGAUAAGUAAUUGUCCCCCUCAGAACUAGG